AUGAACACCGAGCCUCCGGGACCUAAGGAUCAUCGGACGUGGACUCAUCGUACACAGCACAAGCAAGCGAAUUGGGAGGUGCUGCUCCCGUCGCUCGUUGCAGCCUACAUCAAGUGGAAGCACCCCGAAUCGACACAAGCCGCCCCUCCCGAGUCUGUGCCUUCAACAUCUCGCGAAUCGACCCCCACUCCCUCUCUCGAAUCAGCGCCAGCUACUCCUCCCUCGGACGCAGCCUCUGCCCCGGAUACUCCCGUGUUGGAUCUCCCACAGCGAUGUGACUUCGACAUCUCCGUCGUAGACAUCUAUACCCUCUCCUCUAUUGCCCACGUCCCCCGGUUGGGCACUGAACGUACGGCCGAAGCCCUCGUCUCGGCUGGAUACCUCGGUGCAACCCCGGAGAAGCCUACCAUCGCUUUCUCCCUGCCGACCUUGGAGCUAUUCCGCCGUCUUCGCCUCCGCAAGCCCUCCUUCAGUGUGGAGGCUUUUGCGAAGGUGAUAUGCGAUUUCUACCAGUGGCCCUAUCAUCGAGCGUAUCGUAUCGCCCUAUCUGAAGCUUUCGACAUGUACCUCUCGAUCGUUCGUACCGUCGACCUGCGCGUCGCCGACGCCCUUGGACGCGGCGACCCUGUUUGGCGUGCCAAGAACUGCUGCCCCGUGUGUAGCUACGAGCUCGAAGAUGAACCGGACCUCCGCUACCGCCGCAUGCUCGUCUUCGACGGCAACAACUCAUUAUCCCGCAUGGCCCCUGUCGGAUCUCGCAGCGUCGCAGACCAAUGCAUCUACCACAGCAGCUACUUCUUGGAACCUGAGUACGUCGAUCGCUUCGCAAACAUCGCCGGCUCUUCCCCCCCUACGUCCGACUCUCUCACUGCCGACAACGACACUGCCGUUAUCUCCGCUUGCACCGAUAGCUGGAAAGCGGCCGCAGCCGACGCCAAGAAGAAAAGCUGGGGCAUCUUCGAAGAGACGGGGAUCUUUUCCUGCGCCUGCAGGCACGGCUUCAUGCUAUACAUUGCGGACAUGGUGAGGAGCGGAGAGCUGUUCAAGUACCCGCUCGCCAUUGUCAACAAGUCGCUUGAAGAUUUCGGUGACCGGAUCCUCAUCGCUUACGAUAUCGGCUGCAAACUGGCCAUCACCAUCGCGUCUAGCUCCGACCUUGGCCCCCGCUUCGCGUCUUCAGGCUCCCGCAUCGGCUCCAACCAGGUCUCGAUCACCACACGUCACGCAUCAGCGUACAAGCGCCGCCAAGCGAUCGAGAUGUACUUCGUCCAAUGGGACGAAGACCGGUACCUCGUAAUCGCCGAUGGCCUUCUUCGUCACUACAAGCAGGCGCUGAAGAUUCUCACCGACGAGAGCCCUGCCCUGGAUCACACAAAACGAGCUCUCAACGUCACGGAUGCCGACCUGACGAACUGGCGGACAGAGCAGUCUACGUUUCUUGCGACAAGUGGCCAGGAGUCCACUUGGGACGUUCAUGCUGUCGCUUACGUCGAGAUGCUCCAAGAGCUGUGGGAGGUUCAAGCUAAUGCCGCGAGAGCACAUGCCACCCUCGUUAACUCCGUCCCCACCAACUACCACUUCGUCGCCCAACCCCUCGUCACCUCCGCCAAAGCCUACGGGGCUGAGACCUCUCGGACGGGCAGGCAAGAGUCGGCUCACCGGCAAGCACGAGCCAAGGUCGUCACGCUCGAGAACGACGUUCUCGCUCUCGAAACGAAGAUGGGGAUUUAUCAUCGGUGGACGCCAAUCGACCAGAACUAUGUUGCCACUGCUAAGUACAUCAACGAACGUAAGUAUCACCGUGCUCUCGAUAAUUUACAGCGUCUGGUCGUUCUUCGGCUCCUCGAGUUGCAUAAGCUCAAUGUUGGCCGGUCUGGGUACAAACUCCGUACGUACAUCGCGAAGUCGCUUCAAAACCGCUGCAAGGCCAUCCAAAACGCGCUCAAAAUGUUCAAUCAAGCGGCGGUGGAGUUAGGGAAGCCGACGCUGGAGUGGUCGCGAGUGUCCAAGUAUACGUUUCUCGAGGAGUUCACUCUCCUGCGCGAGACGGGGAACGACAUCCGGCAGAAGCGCUGGGUAGAGCCAGCUAUACGAGAGGUAAUGAAGCUCGUUCAGAAGGUUGAUCGCGCGAAGGAGGAGAUCCAACGUUGCAACGUUGAGAUCCGGCGGCUACAUACGUCCGUCAUGGACGAGGACUCCCUCUUCUCCCGCAUCCUCUCUGAGCUCCGGCGCGCCGAGGCACCGAUUGUUGGCCCUGUGGCAGAGUACUGCACGCGACGUCGACGAGCGAAUGCCCAAGUCCUGAGGCGUCUUCGGGACAUCUACGAGCUGCCGGGCUUCUCAGGAACUCCGGAGCCAGGCACGCGCAAAGGAUGCGUCCAGAGUGUACGGGACGCGACUGCGGGAAGCACCGCUGAUGGCGUGCGCCCUCAUUUAUACGAUGACGACGAUGACGAUCAUGAUGACGGCGGCGAUGAGAUGGUCGAGCAGAUUGACGGGGUUGUGGACUUUCUUACGAAUCUCUCUGUUGACACUCGCUAG